AUGCCCUUUGUGCUUUCGCACAUGGGUAUUAUGCUUGGUGUCGUCCUCAUCCUUUGGUCCGCCUUUACCUCCGCCUUUGGCCUUUACCUCCAAUCGCGAUGCGCCCGAUACCUCGACCGCGGUACAGCUUCCUUCUUCGCCCUCUCCCAGCUUACCUACCCCAAUGCUGCCGUCAUCUUCGACCUCGCCAUCGCCAUCAAAUGCUUCGGCGUCGGCGUCUCCUACAUGAUCAUCAUUGGCGACUUGAUGCCCGGCGUCAUGCAGGGUCUCACCAACCAUACCGAAAGCUUUCCCUACCUGGUCAACCGCCAUUUCUGGAUCACCGCAUUUAUGCUGCUUGUCAUUCCCCUCAGCUUCUUGCGCCGCCUCGACUCGCUCAAAUACACUAGCAUCGUCGCCCUCGUCUCCAUCGGCUACUUGAUCGUCCUGGUUGUCUACCACUUUGCUGCUGAUGCCCACGCUGACCCCAGCGACAUUCGCAUAAUCGAAUGGGCUGGCGCCGUCGAGACAUUGAGCACCCUGCCAGUCGUCGUAUUUGCCUAUACAUGCCACCAAAACAUGUUUUCCAUCCUCAACGAGAUUGGCGACAACAGCCCCGGCAGCGUGGUUGCUGUCGUGGGCAGCAGCAUCGGCUCUGCUGGCUCCAUAUACUUGCUCGUCGCCAUUACCGGCUACAUCACUUUCGGCAACUCUGUCGUCGGAAACAUCAUCAUGAUGUACGCUACUGGCGUUGCUUCUACCAUUGGAAAGGCCGCCAUCGUCAUCCUUGUUCUCUUCUCGAUUCCCCUUCAGGUCCAUCCCUGUCGCGCCUCCCUCGAUGCAGUCCUCGGCUGGCGUCCCAAUCGCUCGCAGAACAAUAGCGGCCGUCCUGGCUCCCCUGUGCUGACCGCCAGUCGCGGCGACCAUGGCAGCACCGCCCCAAUGUCGGACAUGCGGUUCGCCCUCCUCACCACCAUUAUCCUCACAUGCGCCUACGCCACUGCUCUCUCUGUCAGCAGUCUCGACCGCAUGCUCGCAUUUGUCGGCAGCACUGGAUCCACCUCAAUCAGCUUCAUCUUGCCCGGAUUGUUUUACUACAAAAUUAGCGAUCCGGAGAGCAUCCAUCACCAGCGCCUGCUCAAAGAAGACGACGACAUGGAGGAUCCGACCUCUGAUGUCGAGGAAGCGGCGGGCCUCACACAGAACCCAGCCGCCCCGGGUCCUUCUGGUCCUAGAGGUGUAUGGCGCUGGCGCAAAAAGUGGCGCUGGGACCUCGAGCACAUUGACCACGAGGUUAUCCGCAAGGCUGCUCUGGUCUUGGCAGCGUAUGGUAUCGUUGUCAUGGCCGUUUGUUUGAUAAUGAACCUGUUCUUCGCUCCAUCGCAUUAA